AUGGAGACGCAGGCGUCCGAGUCGGCUUCUCUUUCCCCUCUUCCCCCAGUCCUUCGGAGAGGGUUGCCAGCUGUAGCCGCCUUCGGCAUACUGUCUUUUGUAGCGUCCUCCACUCUCUUUAUCCUCCUCGCAUAUCGUCUCUUUUUCAAAUACCGUCGGGAACAUGGAGUCCAGCUUCAGUUCAUCGUCCUCAUUUUCAACCUUCUGCUCGCCGAUAUUCAGCAGUCCAUGGCCUUCUUGCUGAAUGUCGAGUGGUUGGUCCGUAACGAGAUAGCCGUGGGAACUACUACAUGCUGGGCUCAAGGUUGGUUCGUCUCAAUAGGAGACCUUGCUAGUGGCAUCUGGACCAUCGCCAUUGGUUUACACACAUUCGCUUCGGUGGCUUGCAACUACAGGCUCGGCGCCAAAUCGUUCUAUGCUACUGUAGCUUCGCUGUGGGCAUUCGUGUAUAUUGCUGCUAUUGUCGGCGUUGUGCGACAUCCGCAUGAUCUUUUUGUCCGGGCAGGCGCUUGGUGUUGGAUCAACAGAGAAUACAACGUUCUCCGCCUGUGGACACACUACAUCUGGAUUUUCCUUGCCGAAUUUGGAACUCUUUUCAUAUACGCCUUCCUCUUCCUCAAGCUCCAUCUCCAGCUCCGCCAAGGGUCAUCGCAACACCACUUCCGCAGCCCUGCAGCCGUCGCCCGGGCGCAGCGCGCCGCCAAAGUGUUGCUCAUCUACCCCAUCGUCUACGUCAUCUGCACCCUGCCGCUCGCCAGCGCCCGCAUGAGCGCCAUAACCAAAGAGCCGAACCUGGCGCACCUGUGCGUCGCCGGCGCCAUGAUCACCUGCAACGGAUGGCUGGACGUGCUGGUCUUCGUUCUGACGCGUCGCGUCCUCGACUUCGCAGACGACGCGCAGGAGCCGCACAAGCACAGCCGCCGCACCGACAGCGUCGGCAACAGCAUCAACGUGUCUGAGGCCGCGGCCGAAGAGCUCAUGGAUACGUUCCACUUGCCGUUCUGGAACGAUGCCGGGAGGUGGGGCACCACGACGGUGAUUGAGGCGAGCACUGCCGGUGGUAGGAACCACGGCAGGACACUCAGUCAUCAUGGCAUUCUGGCGGAGAGGAGUGUGAGCCGCCAGAGCAGCACUGAGAGGCUUUUUGGCAGUAGUUUUGGAAGGGGACUUGCGGUGAAGGCUGAAACAACGGUCGAGGUGCGGAAUGAGCCCGUCGAGUUAACCGAUGUGAGCAGUAUGGCGCCGCCGGCUGUGCAGGCGCUGAAGGAGAAGGAGAGGUUGAGCAUGGACUCGGGGAGCUCGAUGCGGUCGUGA